CCCCUCCCUUCCUUUUAAACCCCCACACCCUGGAUGCUGGCAGGCAGGCGUGCACGCACACACCGGCAGCUCCCUUCUCACUCUCUGCACCGCCAGCCCUCCUAGCUCUCCUGUAAGCCGGUGGAUUUCAUCCCGCUGCUGAGUCAAAAAACCACAGCUAAAAUGUCCGACAAGCCCGACAUGACUGAGAUUUCUCGUUUCGACAAGACAAAGCUGAAGAAGACAGAGACAAAAGAAAAAAAUCCUCUGCCCACGAAAGAAACUAUUGAGCAGGAGAGGAAAGGAGAUGCCACACCUUGACCGAUAAGCACACGAAGAAAAGAAGCCGGGAUGCCACAGCAAAAAUGCACUUUGUUUUUCCUCAUCACAGUUUUCCGAUCUCCUACUUUUGUCUUCAGAUAAAGGUGCUCCCCCGACUCGGAUGGGUGGGGGGUGGGUGGGUGUUGGGGUC